GUUUGACCGCAAGGGGGCGACAACGUGGAGUCAAAUCCACGUUCACUCCCGCACCAUUUCAAUGGAGGAUCAGCAGCGCUGUAGACAGCGGACACACAAGCACCACGACCUCAGCGCCGUAGAGACGGCAAUCCGAGGGACGUCUGAAAAAUGCUGUUCGUCGCUAAUGUGAGAUCAAGCUGCCGGAAACGGAGACGGAGAAAACAGGUGAAAGUAAACUAAUUGCGUUCAGCCAGACUGUGAAUAAAGGACGACGUGGAGCGUUCCUGAUGCCGGAGUUGAGAAUUCGCUUGACUUCUGCAUAAAUAGUAGGGCUAACUCGUACAAGCCACAGUAGAACAAUUUCUAAUCGGAGUCGCGGGAAACGUACGGAUGUGAAUCGUCGGCCCUCUGUUUUAAAGCAUUACGAGGUUAAAAACAUGCACAAAAAAGAGCCAGUGAUUGCGGAGGUGGUCCUCGGUUCUGGUAUCAUUACGAACGGUUACUCUAGCAAGCCCGCUGACAAUGACGGUAGUGGCUCCGAGAGUGGAUACACAACACCUAAAAAGAGGAGAGCGAGACGCAGCAGUACGAAAGGCACAGAGAACAUGAGUCAAGAAAAGGACAAAGUGGCCAAGACUUCUUCUAAACAGGAUACUGAAACUUUAAUCCCGGAGAUGUCUGGGAAAGGGUUGCACUCUCGACUUAAUUGCACCAAGACUUGUGUUAAACCGGAGGUGCACACGGUGGUCCGUAGGACCGGUGUUCGGGACGCAAGCCCUGUGGCUGAGAUUCAGCCUAGAAACUCUGAGAGCAAGACCUCACUUAGUCUUGUUGGUAAAAAGAUUGAUGAUCGGAUUAGUAAAACCAAACUAGGCUCCUCAUUGAGCUCUAAAGAGGACUCAUGGACUUUGUUUAAGCCUCCUCCCGUGUUUCCAGUGGACAACAGCAGCGCUAAGAUAGUCCCUAAAAUCAGUUAUGCAAGCAAAGUUAAGGAGAACCUCAACAAACCGAUUGCGGCCAGUACAGAGAUGACCCAAAUGCCUGGAAAGCCCUCACACGUUCCCAUGUCUGCUUUAAAAACCGUCGUGUCCGGUAGCUUUACUAACCUCUCCGCAUCUCUAGAUGCUAACGGGUGUUACUUUGUGGAAACGUCAUUUGAUUCUGCUGCCGAUCUUAGCGUCGCACCUUCUGAUCCCGAUAACCAGGAAGAGAAGGAAGUGCAGUCUUCUCCGGAUAACGGUUGCAGCUCACUGUCUUGUUUGUCUGCUCCGGAGCCACGGAAAACUUUUGUUUACUCGCACAAACCUUUAAAUAUGCAACCCCCUGCUGGUCAGUCAAAUCAGAAGGCUCUCGGGGACAUCUUCCAGAACCAGUGGGGCCUGUCGUUCAUCAACGAGCCUAACGCAGGCCCAGAGGGGGCGCCGGUGUCUCGUCUGGUCGUGCCAUUCGAGAUCUCAGACAUCACGUUUCAGGGUGGAAACGUCCCGUUCCUCAUCCAGCCAUCCCUGACCGCCGUUUCUCUGCCGGCACCUCAGGGAGUGCAGAGGAGGAGUAACGGUAUGGUCGUGGGUGCAAUUCAAGACUGUCCACAAGCCCAGCCUGUUAAUCAGGAAGAACGUAAAGAGGAGCGCAGAAGUUCUAACCCUUCUUAUGAGGAUUUGGAUGCCCAGUCUACGAGGAACUCUCUGCUUAAUAGCGUAAAGAUGCACACUGUAAAAGAGCAGGAUGGAGCUCACGUGUGGGGAUGGGCUGACCUGCAAGCUGCUGUCCUUUACCACACUAAAGAAUUUGAAUAUCUUCUCACUCUUCACAAGCAAAAUCCAAAAAGGGUGAUCUACUAUGAGGAGGUCAUGGAUGGACCUGAACAUUGAGGUGCUGAGUACCAGUACUAUGUUUGCUCCACCUCGGGUGCUACAGUCAGAUCUGAUCCUGGAUGUGAAUCAUUCUGGCCUAAAACAACCAGACAGAACUGAUAAAGAGACAGAUGUGUGGAAUGAGGAAUGGACUUGCUAAAGCUUUGGCAUUCUGCGGCUUUGCUGUGCACGUGAGACCGCCGCAUGCUCAACGGAGGCAUCGGACUACACGCAGACACUAUAGUGACACCGUUUAAGAGGAAAGUGUUUUGUCUGGACGGAUCAGGUGUGGGGAUGUGAUGCAACCACCUCAGAGCCUUCCAGAUACAAAUACAAGCUUCGGUCGUUUUUCUUCCACCUUAAAAUCAGUCAUGCUUGCUUUUUUUUUUUUCUUCUUCUUCUUAUUUUUUUUGUUGUGUGUGUGUGUAAUUUAUGCAAUGCACAUGAACUGUCCUUGAGGGCAAAACUGAAUGCUUCCUGACCUCAACCAAGGAAGGAAGAAGUAAAAUGAAUUAGUCUUAACUUUAUCUGCUGGAAAAGAAAGAAAGAACCCUAAACAGAGACAGUUUUGAAAAAUACUUUUUUUUUCCUCUCUUGUUCAAAGAUCCAGCUUUGCAACAAACAGAAGCUUAGUUUGAAAUCACUUUUUGGCUCAUGUUCAUUACAAAACUGUUUUUAAAAAAAAAAAUUUUUUUAUUAUGUUAGAUUUCUGGAGACGGUCGUUUAGAUCUCAGUAUUAUUAAUUCCUGACCCGUCAUCAUAGAAACGAAGGUUGUUGCUUCGAGUUGCAUUUCUCAGUGAUGCGUUACUUGAAAUACACGGCAGCGCUGAGAAAAUGGAAAAGGAGCGGCCUACUGAGUGAGAGAGAAAGAGAGCGCGCGAGUGAGAGGGAAAAUAAAAGCCCGUAAUGAAUGUGUUUGGAUCGGGGAAAACUCUGUGGCAUCCCACACUGACCAAGCUGAACAUUUUACAGUAAACAAAUAUAAAUGACUCCGUUACACGAGCUGCCGAGAGUCAGCCGUAGCCGGACGAAGCUGUGCUUGGACUUUUCCGUUGUUCCCGGUUUAAGACUGUAACCCGAACCUUAAUAUUUCUUUGCACAUUUCUGUUGUGAGAGCUAAACGUUAAGGCUGUAACCCUAAUCAGCAGAUUGUGUUAAAGCCUCACCAUCUACUGUGACAUUUCAUGAGCAAGGCCUUUCUUCAGAACUCUAUGGUACACUGUGCUGAGUUAUCACGGUCACUGUUUUUAAUCGUCUUGGCAACACAGACCAAAGAUCGGGCCGGAGUAUAGAUAACCAUCUCUUAGGCUUGGUGUAAAUAAGCAUCCUUUUUUUUUUUCUUUCUUUUUCUUUCUUUCUUUCUUUCUUUCUUUCUUUCUUUUCCUUAUCAAGCAAAGGUGUUUGUCUCAUCAUUAGUAAUAGCACUUUAUGUACACGUACUGAUUUAAAGAUGACUACACCUAUCUGAAACAUGAGUUACUAACUCCUGCUUCAAUUGGCUUGGGGCUGUUGUGCUUUCGAAAAUAAUUAACUCAGGUAGAAUUGGGGAAGCCAUUACAAAGCGGAAUUUUUUUUUUCCUUUCCUUUUUAUACGGUGCAUACGGUGGAGAACGAUUCUGACUGGGGGUCUGCGUGUGUUAUUUUUCUCUGUAUUCGCUCUUCAGUGUUACUCCCGCUGUUCUAUUCCAGCAGGAGUCCUACGAUGUUGAGUAGCAGUGGUCAGAAUGUUUCUUUUAAAGGUGCAGUUUGUAAUUUUUGAAUUUUUUUUUUUGAAGGAGCUUUCACGCUAGUUUAAAAUAUUUGUAUCACAUCCAGAGUUUUUCUCUUCAUGAUGAUUGGCCCAAAUCUCCAGAACUCAUGGCAUUACACUACAGCUCUGGCUCAGUUUAAGAAAAACAAACAAACAAAACAAUAACAGCCACCCAGUAGGUUUGAUUCAAUUCCCUGAGAUGAUUCAGAGUCGAAUCAUUUCUCACUGUAAUCAAAUCACACUGAAGCUCACUUUGAAGCCUUUAUACUAAUGAGCUGCUUGUUUUGGGCCACACUCGAGGAUUCUCUCUUGCUGACAAUAUGCACAGAGGAAAGUAGAUCCUCUGAAAUGUACUAAACGCUAUACAACAAAAAAAAAACACACACCAAAAGUUAACUCGUGGCUUGUUUGUGUAAUUUAAAGCUUCUGUUUACAGUUUUUAAGGGGAAAAAAAUAGAAAACUAUUUUCUUGUUUGGGAAAGCAGCUCAGUUCUAAUGUGUUCCCAGCAUAGUGGGAGUUGUUUGUUUUGGGUGUGUGAUGAAUAAAAUAUCGUCGUCGUAUUGUCUAAAAAUGACACACUGCUCCUUUUAAAAGAUGACACGUUGCCACUUUAACCUCAGCCUGCCAUAGAAAGUUAGAUUCUCUUGGGCACCCCGUUAUAUGCAAUCGCAGGAGUCCUCUGUGGUUCCUUUAUUGUUUUCUAUGGAUUUCAGGCCCCAGUUUUUCUCUCGCACAAGGGCUGAAAACUUGCCGAGAGACUCAGAAGGUUCAGGACGUUCAUUACUGUUUUUUUUUUUUUGUGUCUGUGAGUGAAACGGCAGAUCUGAGUGUUCGCAUGCUUCGCGUUGAACUGCCGGUAUUCAAUAUUGACUUUACACGAAAAAAAAAAACCUAGCUUUUUUUUUUUAAAACAAGCUUCCAUUAAGAUCUUUUUGACAGGUUUAGUUUUUUUCAUUUAUUCAUUCAUACGAUUCAUUCGUAGUGUCUCUUUUUAUUUUUAUUUUAUUUCCUGUUACACGAUCAGGAAACACUGCAGCUUUUGUCUUGAAUUGCGAGGUGACUUCUUUACAAUAAGCGCUUCAAUAUUUUCAGUUCCACAUCUUAAAAUCGUGCCACGCCAUCGAAACACCUACGAUAGAGUAUUGACUUAAAUAAAUAAAAAUAAAAAAUAAAAAAAAAUAUUUAGUUGUAAUAUAAAGUUUAGUUUUAUUCGCACUGAUAAUCUUUUCUGAAAUGGUUUAAAAAAAAAUUAAAUAAAAACGAGAAAUAAUAAUUAAAAUUCUAAUACACAAUAUUUUCAAAGCACUUAUUUCAGUUUUGCUUUAUAUGAAGAUACAGAAAUUAUCGUGUGUGUGUGUGUGUAUAUACGACGUACGUGCUCAAGUCUGGUAUUUGAACUGGCUGUGUCUAGGCAUGUGCUGAUUAUCUUUUUAUAUGAGAUCCAAGAGACGCACGACGUUAUUGUAGACGGUCGUAAAGUGCGCGCGCGUGCCAGUCGGCUUCCUGCGAAUCGAGUAAUUUAUUAAUAAAUAUAGUAUUAUAGAGAAGGCGAUAUUUAUUGUUUUUAACGUCGGCACAUGUCUAGAUGCAUGAUAGCUUUAGGAAUUAACGAGGAAGAGCACAGACGUGUGUGUGUGUGUGUGUUGCCCUGAACGUGUGCAAUGGCAUUUUGACUCCAGACUUUAAGAUUAUGCAAAUUUUCCCACGCUUUUCUUUGCUCUUGCCUCCUGUUGAAUCGACUUACCUGUGCCUGAACAAACGGUUUUAUUAAUUAGACGUUUUUAAUAUAUAUAUUUUUUUUUUGUUUGUUUUGUUUGGGUCGUAUUUGAAUUCUUCAGAAACAAUCGGUGCCGUGAUUUCUUCUUUUUUUUUUUUUUUGCUGAAUGAUCUGUUCCGAUGUCUCUCUUCCUUAAUGUUUUUUUUUUUUUUUUUUUUCUUAGCGAGGUGACUUUUGAUUGUUUUAGGCUCGUGUUUGAUUAACAGUCUGAACACUAAAUCGCUAAAUCACUAAAUCUAUCCUCAAACCUUCUUCAUAGACCUUUUUCACUUAACUGAACAGAUCUACUUUAUCCGUGUCCGUCGAUUUAACUUUCAUCAGUACGUUAAAUACGCUCUUAUUUAUUUUUCCCCAUGCACACAGACUAGACUUUAACUUUUAACACUGUGUUUGGGGCGAAUGCAUGUUUAAUUAAAGAAAUGUAUUAUGUAGCUGAAGAAUAUCUUAGUCACGUCGAGCCGAGUAGUUUGCUCUCGACAGAGCCGAGAUGUCGACGGCUGGAAGAGUUGUUUUGUUUUUAUUCUUCGGCGAGCUGCAUUUGGCAGUCGCAAAAAAGAGAUCGAGUGAGUCGUGGCUCAGGGGUGGAUAAAUGAUCGUUUUAUUAGCUAUUCCACCGGGUCAAUAAAAGCUCAGUUUUCUGCCCCGUGUCACGUUUCGGUUGCUGGGAAACGUCUUGGACCAGACUAAAAAGUGGUAGCUCGUAUAACAUAAUCUAAUGUAAUGUAAUUAACCGUAGCUGUGUACCAAAUUAAAGUGUUUUUUUUUUUUUGUUCUUUUUAAAGCCUAUAAAAAAAAGAAUAGUUUUAAUAAGAAAAUAUUUUCCCUGCUUUGUCCACGGAGCAACUAUAAAUAACAUCGGAAAAACAAAGAGCCCAGACGAUCUUUCUGUUCGUUCCAGUAUUACAAGAUUUGUUCGACCCUGUGACUUUUUAGGCCUUUGAUCAACCGCUGAUCUGUCCGUUCGGUGCUUAGAUUGGAUUCUGCCUCUGUUUAAAAAGAGACUUUUGUCCAAAACACAUGCGAAAUGCCUCAAUGGGAAAUCUUUACAGGAGACAAGGCAUUAUGUAAACAGUUCUGUUUUAAAAAUUUGAGGCUUUUUUUUUUAAUUGCUGUGUGUCUGAUUUGAUAGAUACCGAAAUCGGAGUUGCCGAUAAUUGUAUUACGCUCACGAAAGAACGAUUCCGAGGUACUCGGCGACGUCGUGACCGAGAUGACGACUGCUAACCGAUUUAGGACAUGCGUUCGUGGCACGUACAGAAAUACGUCGUCGGAUCGGAUUCUGAAAUUUUUGGGAAUUUGACGUCAAACCCGACGUGCGUCCGACAUGUCAGAUCAGUGUCCUUCGUUUGUACUGUAGGUGUGUAAGGAACUGCUGCUGUCUGUAUCUCUAUCUCUAGCGCUCCAAAUAUAUAUAUAUUUUUUAAUUAAUAGCCCUUCUGCUUGGUCUCUGGAAACUUUAAGUGAAAACGCAGCAUUGUCAAUGUUCGCUUUACGUCUCGGUUUUAUUCGAUCGCUGCAUCCCAAAGCUUCAUGUACAAGAAAUAUACGAAGCAAAUGUCAAAAGUGCUGCUUUCUUGGAUUGAUGUGAUUUUGAAGGUGCUGGAUGUUUGUCCUGUUCCUUGUUUUAUUAAGGAACUUAAUUGUGUGUAUCCUUGAGCCAUGCACUAAGGUGUAAAAAGCUGUAAGGAGUAGUGUGUGUGCGUGUGCGUUUGUGUGUGUGUGUGAGAGAGAGAGAGAGAGAGAGAGAGAGAGAGAGAGAGAGAGAAAGAAGGAGAGAAUAGUGUAUAAAGAGGAUAAUCGCUGUGCCAAUGUCGUAUCAGGUAAAUAUCACAGUGCCACGUCACACUAACUGCCAGCUCUGACUUAUCGUAUCCUCGACCACGUCGUCUCGUUUCAUCAGUUUGCACACCGAUGUCGUUGGAAUUCUUGAGGCAGUAAUUCUUGUAUUUUUUUUUCUUUCUUUCUUCAAUUAAAGACAAAUCUCGUCUCCUGUAAUUUGAAAUCGUGAAACUGUCUGGAUGUAUUCCUUUCGGACGAGCAUGAGUGUCCUUUUCAGCUUCCCCAGCCAUGUAAAACAUUCAAAAGUGUUUUCACAUUUUUUUUCUGUUCCCAUUAAAAUGUUGAAUUGAUUUGAA